UAAGAUCAGUGAGCAGACGGCACAUCAGAUCAGAUCUGUUUAUCUGUGCAGGAUGAGAGGUUUACUGUGGUUGGUUGGUGCAGGAUUACUGCUGGGGUCAAUAGAUGGAGGCGACACAUAUGAACAACUUGAUGCUAAAACAAGGGACAUCGUUGACAAGGCAAUAAUCAAAGCCAAUGAGAAAUAUGGAAAGAAAUAUCACAUUGAUUUUCAUUCAAUCACAGAUUCUGGUAAUUUCAGGUUGUUCAAUGUCCUAUUAAAACCCACCUCAUGUACCAAGGGACAGAGAGUCCAUCGAAAGGAAUGUACAUUACAAGAUAAACUUAAACCUUGGGUUUCCUGUGUGGCAUGCGGUGAAAACAUGGCCUGUAGACCACAGAAACCAAGAGAAGAUAUAUGAACUUAUAAAAAAAUGUGGCUCAGACUUUCAUAUGCCGUAUCAACAUGGAGGAGGACAUGUAAUGGCUAUAAUGAUGGAGAAAAAAACUAUGGAUGUCUUGGAUGGAACUGAGAAAUCUGCAACUAUUUACCCAACAGUUGAUAUUUAGAAAUCCAUCUUCACUGAAAUUACAAGUUAUAAUGUACUGAUUUAGAAACAGUAAAAUCUUAAACAUUACCGAACUUUUACGUUUAGUGUAUAUAAUACUAUCCUAUAUUUAUAUGUAGUUCUAAACGUAGGUUCGGGAGGAGCCUAAACAUUCAGGCCUGUCAAUCAUCAUCAUCAUCAUGGGCGUAUAUAAGGCAGCCUUCAGGCCUCCAUGUCCAGCUGCAAUUUUUUCCGGCAUCCCUCCUCCUCCCCAUCUCCUCCUUCAUUCUCUCUUUCUUCCUCCUUGCAGUUCUGUUGCAGGGUUUUGAACCUAAGCCUCAGGUUCGCUCUCUGAAGGUUCAGAGCUCCCUUCGAGGACAGCAAGCCAAGUUUGUUUACCAUUAAUCAUUAAGACCUGAAUGCGCAGGUGAACUAGUGAACACACACUUAUCUCUUUAAUUUUUAUCUUGCGUGUGAAUUUAGUUUCUGUUUAACAAUAAACAUGCUUUCCACACAUCACAUAAUGCAUUCUGAUAUGAAUAUUGUCUUGACUCAAACUGCAUUCACUAUAAAAUCCUCAUACGGCUGUUAUUUUAAGAUUUUGCCUGUUCUAGUCCACUGGGUGAAAAUGAAAUAAUGUCUUUAUGUAAUGCCAUUAUAGUAUGUAAAAUGUAAUAAAACUGUUUUUGGGUUAGUUCAAAUAAAAAGCAAGUAAAAUAGUUAGGUUGUCAAACCUCAUUUUUGUUUUCUAAAUUAAGACGAAAUUUUAGGCAUAAUACACUCACGAACAUGUUAGGUAUUUUCAACAAAACAGGGACAAACCCAGCCAUUAGGUUUAAAUUACCCAAACAUUUUUAGUAGUCAUGAAUGAAUAGUAACCCAAUUUUGACCCAUCCCAUGACGUGACUGUUUUGACAGAUUUGCGUUUUUUGUGCAUCUGAUAAUACACAUUGCUUCAGUCUAUGUGGUUUAUAUUGCGUCCCUAAUUUUAAGUGCCUGCGAUCAGUCUUGGUUGUCUUGUGUUAAGCUUAAACUGAUUCUGAUCAUCUUAAUUUUCAAUGUCUCAGGUUAGCUGUUAUUUGUACAGUUUCUCUUCCUGUAGGUUUCUGUUGUCUCCUACACAGUGCUCAGUUUAACAUGGCCUAUCGUGGGAUUCUGUCCACUAAUAGAUUUCUCUUUUAUUUUCUCUUCUCUCCUUGUCUCUCUCCUCUUUUUCUCUCUCUUCUCUUCCCCUCCCUGUCUUUAUUCUCCACAUUCGCCCUGACCGUGGCCUCUUAAUCCUUCCCCUUUGCUGCACACUGAUCAACCAAGUUUAAAGAGGUCGGCACCAAUAGCCCUGUGGUAAGUGCACUGACACAUAGCACCAGUUUGCUUACGGCGACCCGAGUUGGAUUCCUGUCUCUGAGGUGCUUUGCAGAUCCUGCUCCCUAUCUCCACCCAACACUUUCCUGUUUAUGCUCCACUAUACUGUCUAAAUAAACCCCCCCAAAAAAACACAUUUGAAGAGGACUGUUUCUAGCCCCUCCCCUCAUCUCAGUGCUAUUUGCCAGUGAGUCUCUGUGUGUUUCUUGUGGAAUACAUCUUAAUAUGCAUCAUCAACCAAACUGACAUGAGGGGGGCUGAUGAAGCCAAAGGAAGGGAGGAUGGGGUAACCCCCCCAUCGUAUUACCUUCUUUCUGCUAUUUAGUUUUAAUAAAUGCUGAGCAUUGUGCUCUCAGAGGCAAGUAACAAGCAGUUACAUAGGAAGUUGGUCAAAUAUUAGUGCCACUGUCUAGCUUAAUUUAGAUUUAUUAUUUAUCCUUUCCUGUUUCCCUUUUCCUUUGCUUUUAAGGAUCAUUUAUAUGAUUGCUGAUUUUUUAUUUUCUGGCCCUGUUGAGGUAAAAGACAAAACAGUUUCAUCUUUAGAUGUUUGCUUUAGGGAAAAUUAAAUUAAAUGGUUCUUUAAAGACCCUAAAAUCACCACAAAAGCCCAUCUCGCAUUCAUAGAGAGGACUUUAAUAUUUUAAAUAUAUAGGGUCUUUUAUUCCUAAAGUAUUCUCAUUAGCCUCUUAUGAUGCUUUUGGUUUUAAAUGCCAGAACAAUAAAUUCAACGAUGACAUUUGAGACCUGUGCUAUCUUUACUUUUACUCCAAUAUAGAUAAUAUGGGAAAUACAGCUAGUUUGUAGAAAAUUAGUUUAGUUUAUUUUGAGUACACUGAUAUUUUAAUCAAUCACAGAUGUGUGGCUGUUUGAUGGUAUUACAUUAAUGCAGGCACUAGCAUAAGGGUAACUUUUGUGCAUGUCAGUGUUUGAUUUGAAGUUGAACGUUGAAUUUUGUACCAAGGUUAUGUUUGAAAGCGUAUUUUGCUGUGCAGAAAAACAAGUAGUAAAGAUUAUUUUUGUUCUUGUUGAUUACUCAUAAUAGUCUGACUCACACUUUUUGCAAUUAGAAAUGUGAUUAACCUUUAAUCUGUAAUAGUUUUGGGUAAAUUGUUAAAAUAUUAGAACAAAUUUCUAGUUUUUUAAAAUGCUUAUAUAAAUAUUUGUAAGACCAGUAGGUUAAUGAUUUACCAGUUCUUUAUAAGAUCGGCGAGCAGACGGCACAUCAGAUCAGAUCAGUUUAUCUGUGCAGGAUGAGAGGUUUACUGUGGUUGGUUGGUGCAGGAUUACUGCUGGGGUCAAUAGAUGGAGGCGACACAUAUGAACAACUUGAUUAUAAAACAAGGAACAUCGUUGACCAGGCAAUAAUCAAAGCCAACAAGCAAUAUGGAAAAAACACACACAUUGAUUUCGAUUCAAUCAAGUGUUCUGGUAAUUCAGGGUUGUUUCAUGUCCUGUUAAAACCAACGUUAUGUAACAAGGGAGCGGGAGUUCAUCAAAAGGAAUGUACAUUUCCAGAAAAAACUAAAUUUAUGAUUUCCUGUGUGGCAUGUGAUAAUAAUGAGAUGACCUGUGGAUACAAAGAAAAAGACAAAGAGAAGAUAAAUCAACUUAUAAAAAAAUGUGGCUCAGAAUGUCGUCCUCAGAGUCAUUAUUAUGGUAAAGGACCAAAUAUCUUGGCUUAGGUGGAGGGAAAAGAAUUUGGAUGUCUUGGAUGCAUCUGAGAAGCAGAAAUCUUUCCAACCAUUUACCCAACAGUUGAUAUUUAGAAAUCCAUCUUCACUGUGAAAUUACAAGUUAUAAUGUACUGAUUCAAAAACUUUAAAAAAAUUUUAACAUUACCGAAUGUAACGUUUAUAUAGUGUAUAUAAUAUCCUAUAUUUAUCACAUAUUAAUCUCUUUCAUUUUUACCUUUAGUUUCUGUUUAAUAAUAAACAUACUUUCCACACACAUACAUGUAUUCUGAUCUGAAUAUUUUGACUUAAAUUCUAUUUAAAAUGGAUUCACUUUAAAAUCUUAAUUUGGCUAUUAUUUUAAGCUUUUUCUAGUCCACUGGGCAAAAAUGAAAUGUCUUUAUGUAAUGCCAUUAUGCAAGAUUAACCUUUUAAUGUUUCUCACUUCAAAAUUGUAAUAAAACUGUUUAUGGGUCAGUUCAAAUAAAAAGUUAGUGAACUUU